CAGCUCAGUUGCUCAGCGGCAGUUGAAAGCGUCGGUUCGUGGAUCAGCGAUCGUGGAUCGUGAGUUUUGGCCCGCCGCCGCUAGCCAAGGUUAAUUAGCCAAGAUCCGAGAUUCGAGAUUUAAGAUAUAAGAUUUAAGAUUCGAAAUCACUUAGAAAGAGAGAGAGAGAGAGAGAGAGAGAGAGAGAUGUCGUUUUUCCGCAACAUACGCUCGUCCCUAUCCUCAUCGUCACGGGCCAAGAGCUCCCGCUCCUCGUCCCGCGACACAACGCCGGUCCGCUCCGGAUCUCGUCCAGCCAGCGUGAUCAGUGGAGUGGGAUCCGUGGGCAUUGCCAGCCGCCGGGACUCCACCACCAGUUCGACUUUGCAGCGCGGGGAUACCUUCAUUCUCCCCAAUUCCGAAGAGGAGGCGGGUCCUCCAUCGAACACCUCCACGCUGGAGAAGAAGUCCAAAAAGUCCAAGGUCUUUAGCAAGUUCAGCACCUUCACCAAGCGCAAGAAGACCCCAUCACCCGAGGAAGUGGCCAGCUAUGAGCACCAUCCCAGCGAUACGGCCACAAACACCUACUACAAGUGGCGCAGCGAUGGAGCCGAUCGCCUGCAGGACUACGAUGCCCAGUCGGAUCCCUUCAACUUCCUGUACGAGCAGCACUCCAAUUUGAGGAAUCUGCAAUCGGGUGCAGAUACCACGGGUAUCCAUCGACAGGCCAGCAUUGGUUCCAAUUCCAGUGGCAGCUUUGAUUCAUCCACCUAUCGGAAGAGCAAAACACCCACGCAUUUGCGAGAGCAGCUGGAGCAGCUGAAGACCCACUCGAACGACGAUCUUCUGGAGGAUCAGCAGCGGGAGGAGGACGAGCGUGAGAAGUACAAGACAGUGACGCUGAAUAGCUUUAGGAAAUCCUUCAGAGAUCGCCUGCUGCAGCAGCAGAAGGAGACGCCCCACAAUCCCGCCUGGUUUGUGGAAGUUCCCGCCCCGGUCGCGUCCACGAAACCCUUGGAACGUCGCGAGUCCAAGGAGAAUCGUCCGGACUUCCUGGUCUUCGACAAUGACAACUACCGUCCCCAGUCGCGUUCCCCGUUGCGGGAUCGUCCCUCCCGUUCGGCCACCCGUUCGCCAGUGAAACGGAACGAGACUUUCCGGGUGGCCCAGCCCUCAGUGCGUCACAUGUCACCCUCGCCGGCUCCCCCAUCUGCUCCCUCCAUACGCAUCGAGAUCAAGAACUCCAUAUCGCCACACUCACCGGGUAGAUUGGUGCCUGUGGGCGUGGCCAAGCCCAUGCCCACCACGGAGUACUAUGCCCAAAGACUGCUGGCCAACAGAAGCACAGGCUUGCGGAGUUCCAGUCCAAGCCAAGGUCCGAGUUCCCGGUGGUACCGCCAGCCAGGCUCACCCACCAGGUUAAGUGUGGGUCAGCAGCAGCAGCAGCAGCAGCACAAAACCCCCCAGCCUAAUCCUUACCAGCAGCAGCAAAAGGGUGGUCGCACCCUGGUGCACAUAGGCUCGGAACAGAGUAAGUCAGUGACGCCGCCAACCCGAGGAAGGGCACCCACAAGGGUCCAGUUGUAUGGCAGUAAACCCCAGAGUCGACCGCAGCCAACGACCUACUUUGGCGGCCACUACAAUGCACCUGUUAAGUCCAUGCCCCGGGCAUCUGCAUCUUCCAUCGGCAUUCCCACUGUCUAUUUGGGGCGUCGCGAACCAGCGAUGACUCGUGCCACCACCAACACCACCGCCCACAUUGCCGCCCCCGUGCCACGUCGCAACCGAUCGCCGAUCAAAAUGCCCUGGCGGUAGGCGGUAGGCGUUAACCGAAUGUAUACACACAUCAUAUGCUAUAUAUCGCAAAUGGAGAGUGGAGAAUGGAGAAUCAAGAAUGAGUGUGGCUCACAUAUAUAGCAGGUCUUUCCAAAGUGACAAAGUCGAUGAUAUUGCGUCAUUAUCAGAGCUGAGAGCGCAGCUUAGCGAACGCUUUUUUUGCCCAUCGAUAAUGGGCAAAUAAAUGAUUUAUGUAUCCAUACAUGUCGUAUCGUGUGUUGUGAAUUUUUUGUACGUAAAAUUAUUGUUAAGUAAAUAAUAAAAAAAAAAAAAAAUACGACA